UGAAUAAAAGUGUUUUCAGAAAUUCUUUGUUUUCAUUUCCCUGUCUUUAGAAACCUUCCUUCCUUUAGAUCCAUGAAAGUAUUGUCUCUUAAUUUUUGACCCACUUUUUUAGGGCUUGCUGAGCUGCCAUCAACAAGUGAGAUGAUAUCUGAUAUUACUUUUAAGAAGUUUUCCAUGGCAAAAAGAUAUGUGAAAAGUCAACGCCACACCAUCCAAGUGGACUUCAUAGACUAUAUGGAUGAACUGGCUUCUCUGAUUGGGGUCAAGCCCAGCAUAUGGUCCCGGUUUAUCACAGAUCCUAAGCUGGCCCAGGAGCUUUUCUUUGGGGCAUGUACUCCGUAUCAGUAUCGCUUGCAAGGACCAGGAAAAUGGGAGGGAGCCAGGAAAGCUAUCCUGAUGCAGCAUGAACGGAUCUUGAAACCCUUGCAAACCAGGCUAGUUACUGAAUCAGACAACAAUGCCUUAGUGCCCCUUUGGUUUAAGUUAGUUGGCCUUCUUCUCCUGUUUGCUGCAAUUUGGGCUUAUUUUUAAGUCCACAGAAGUCCUAUUCUCCUAAUGCCAAUCCCAACCUACAUAGAUUUUGGCAUUACAAUUUCAUCUUUGUGCCUUUAAUAUUAAGUCUGCACAUAUAAACAGACUUUAUUUCUCUAAAAGUAGCAAUAUUUUACUAUAUUGUGUGUAAGUUUCACCCACAAAUGAUUGUUAAUAUUUCUUGUUAGGGGACAGUUUUAUGUUAUUCAUUUUAUUGAGUGUACUUUUAUUGGUCAAUGAUAAUAAAGCUCCGUCUGUUUCAUACAUUUCUGUUAUCCUUCUAUUCAUGUAAGUCAGUUUUGCUAGAUGAGAAUGCAUUUUCUUAAAUGUAAAGCAAAGUAAUCUGCCUAAGUAUAACCUGUAUUACUUGGAACUUGCCUAGAAAUGUCACUUUCCCUGCAAUAAAAUAUUUGUAAACAGA